AUGUUUUUUGAUCGUGAAUCAACAGUGGUUAUUACUAAAUUCAAUAAUUUAUCUGAAUCAGUAUUAACUAAUUAUUGUACAAAUUUUGGUAUUGUUCUUCGAUGUUUCAUCAAAACUUCUACUCAGGCUCGAAAUAAAGAUCCUUAUGCUCUAAUCAAAUUUGCUGAAGCAUCAAGUGUUACUUCUAUUCUUAGUCAUCGUAAUCAUACUAUCAAUGGUGUACAUGUUGUAAUGCGAAAUUAUCGUCAAGAUACAAAUAAUUCUGGUCCAAUACAGACAUCACCAAGUUUAAUAUCAUCAAUCCAACAAAAUCAAACUAAAACUAAUAAUAAUAAUGAUAAUAAUAAUAAUGAAACAACAUCAAUGAAUUAUGAUCAAAUCAUACAAGAAAAUCAUGCACUUAAACAUGAAAUAGUUAAUCUUCAACAGUUACUGUUUGAAACACAAACAUAUUCUAAAACUGCUUAUGAUACAUUUCAAGCUCUACGAGAAAGAUUUGAAGCAGAGCAAAAUCUUAAAAAUAAACUCAAAUUAGAAUAUGCAGCUAUGAUUGAAUCAUAUGAAGCUCGAUUAAAACAAUUAUUAUCAUCAUCAUCAGUAUCAUCUUUUAUAAAAACAACAGAAAAAGAUAAAGUAAAAGAAGAACCAAUUGAUGGUAAUUCUCAAGUAAUGCAUUUAGAAAAUAAUUCACUUGAAAUGCAAAUAAUAAAAGAUCAUCUAGAACAAGCACAGAUUGAUUUAGGUAAAUAUCAUACGGAAAAUGCUUUACUUAAUGCUAAGUUAAUCUCACGUGAACAACAAUUUGAUAUGCGUUUUAAAGAAUUAAAUAAUCAAUAUAUACUUAUGAAAAAACAAUAUGAACAUUUGUCAUCAUGUAUUAAAGAUUUUUAUGAAAAAUUAUAUCCAAGUAUAGAAUUAAAAUCUGAAUUAAAAGAAGAUAAUAUGAAUAAAUCUGAUCAAGAAAAUACUAAUAAAGCUAAUAAUUCAAAUGACGAUAUAAUGGAAAUAAUUAUGCAAGUAGAUCCAAUAUUAUCAUAG